UUGAUUUAACAAUUGCCUGAUUGCGUAUCUGGGAAAUUUCGAAUCAGUGUGUAUGAAUAUCACACAGCACCACAUCAUUUACCUGUACGACAUUUAUAUUCCACAGCAUCCAUGCAUCUUACUGCUGUGGUUUUGCAUACGGUAAAUAAAUGUAUUCUGUAAUUAUUAGUCAACUUUAUCCUGUAGAAUGAUAUCUUCUUUUCUUUACUUAGCUUGAGAUUCAAAUGAUUUUGUUAUACACGUGCCCUGUAUCGGUUUGAGGCGAAGAGAUGUUGGAAGAAGUUUUCAUUUAAGCGGUUGAUAAAAUAAUCAUUUUAAUACUGGCAUCAUUGAUCACGUGUUGCCGUGUGGGUAAUUGGAGCAUCGGCAUAUUACAGACGACUGAAUAAUGCCAGUUUGUUCUGCUUUUAUAACUGUGUACACCAUUCGUUCCGGAUUGUUGCGAGCUGUUAAAUCUGUGUUUUCUAACAAUACAUCGAAGAGUAAUGGACAUGUAAAGCGGUAACAGAAACUUGCUGGUUGACGAUUUUUUCCGUCUCACAAUGCGGGGUGGAAUGCUGAAGUUUUUUCCACCGGAUGAUAUUAUAAAUGGAUUUACCAAUGGAAAUGCAAAUCGACCAACGAUAAGGAAGAAAACUGGAGCAGCAUCCCGUAAGACCGGUGCUCGCAAUAAUCAAGAUCCUUUAUCGUUCCUUUAUGCCAUUCCUGAGAAGCCGUAUAUGGUCAUUAAGCCUCAAGAAGAGGCCACUGCAUGCGCACAGAAGAUACUGGAUACUUGGCAUCUUCCGUUUCCUCAUUUGUUGUUGAGUGUUGUUGGUGGGACUAAAUAUUUCGAUUUAUGGAAGCGGGAAGACCAUCGCGCGGCUUUCCAGAAAGGUCUUAUGAAGAUUAUGAAAGCGUUGGAUGUAUGGCUGAUCACGGACGGUUUGAAUUAUGGUAUCACACGCUUGAUUGGAACGGCAAUAAAGCAUGAAGAGCACCGGCAGUACCGGGAUGUAAACUCUACUGAAUAUUCGUCCCCCCAUCGGAAAGCAUCCCGAACGGUAACUCUUAUUAGUAUGGUGCCGUGUUCUCUGCUGACCGAUGCCGAACAAGUUUUACAUAGCAAGGAGCAAACUGUUCCGGUAGCACAGCACGGGAACGAUGAUGAGCGACAACGAUUUGGAUUGCACUGGCACCAUACGCAUUUCGUUCUGCUGGAACAGCCCUAUACCGCUGCUUGCGUAUUCCGAGCGAAGCUGGAACGCGCUCUAGAACAGGCGUUGGCCGUGCAGAAUAUCCGGCAUGAAAUACUGGAACAACGAUCGGAUCCAGAUCUGCCAGAUGCACAUGGAACCAUGCCGGCAACCGGGAAUCCAUCCGAUGAGAAGGUUCCGUUUGUGGUGCUGCUGUUUCAGGGCGACCUGGCACAGUUGGAUCUCAUUCACCAGCAUCUGCUGAACCGCGUGCCGGUCAUUCUGCUAGAGGGAUGCGGGUACUUGGCGGACACUUUGGCUAUGGCUGUUCGGGAAAGGGAUGCUGUGGGGUCUGAUCGUGCUGCCCUUAUUCAUCAGAUUUCCACCCGUCUUUCCGAUGAUUAUGCUGAAGAACUCCGCGGACACGAUUCGGAACGAAUGGCCUACGUGGAGAAAAUCCUGGAGUGCGUUAAACUGUCGCGUCAGGGAACGAUGUCACUAAUUUCGAUUAUGGACUGCACUGCACCGGCCAGCGAGUUUUCUGACCUUGAUAAAAUUGUGCUCAAAUCCAUCUUAGCAUCUGAAAGCAAUGUUCCAAAUAUGUCACUUCUUGAUCGCAAUCUCCAGCUCACAAUACGAUGCAAUCGGCCGGAAUUUGCAAAGACAGACAUUCUCAGUAAAAAGCCCUGGAAAAAAAUGCAGAUACCAGAUGCGUCAUUCGAAGCUGCACUUAUUCUUGCGGGUCGCGAAGAGUUUGUUGACAUGUUUAUGCAGCAAGAUUUUAUUCUGCACAGAUAUCUAAAUCAUUUGAAGCUGGUGAAGAUUUUUCGCCGGGCGACUGAUGGGAAAUUCUUUAUGGAUAUUGUAUGGCAGAGAAUUCUUCAGCGCUCGGAAGGUGGGAUUUUUAAUGCAGAUAUUGUCCCACCAGCAUUUGUGGAGGAAAUGCUACCGUCUCUACUCAAUCAUCUGGCCAAGUUUCCGGUUGCGGUUUCGGCGUACAGGCUGUCGAUGAACUCUCUCGGUGAUUACGUCUUGAGCGCUACAGUAGCUGAACGGAGGGCCUGCCUAGCACUGAUUUCCUGGGCGGUGUUACUUAAUCGUGCCGCGUUGGCCAAGUUACUGUGCAAGUACUGCGAUGACCCUAUACCGACUGCUCUUUUCAUCAGUUCAUUGUACCGCGGACUGGCUGAACACCAAACGGACUACGAGCUGGAGCAGCGUUUAUCCAACCACCGGAAAGAUUUUGCGGUGUUUGCGACAGAUAUUCUGGAUUUAAGUGUGAAAGACCAGGCAGCGGAUCGUCUAACGGAUAUCCUAAAUGAGCGCUUUCCCGACUUUGGCUACCGGACACCAAUACAGAUGGCAUAUGAUUCCAACAAUAAGUGGUUUCUGGCGCAUCGUAGUUGCCAAGAAUGGUUAAAUAAUUUCUUCAUGGGCGAAAUUCAAGUUUCCGAACGCUUCGUGGAUGCAAAAAUUAUUCUGUCGGCAUUCCUGAUAUUUCCGAUGUACUUUUGGAUUCGCUUUCCGCGUUACGUGAAAAAUCGGAGUUCAUCUAGAAGAUCGCGAUCGACUAGCGUUAUGGCGGACGCGAUUAUGGAUGUGGACUGUGAUCUUCAUCGGAAAAAUAUUGUCGAUGAACUUCAACGAUUGAGGGAUAAUGAAAGGAAGCUUCAGCGGCGGGAUAACGUCAGGACGCCUAAGAAACUAAUUCAUCGAGGGCGCGUGGUGCGGCCGCCGCUGUGUACAAUGAUUCGGUUAAUGUGGAUGGCGCCGGUGACAAAGUUCUGGACUUUCCAAGCGACCUACUGGGCAUUCCUUGUGCUUUUGGGUAUUGCCACAAUGAUGCCAAACUGCCGCAACACCAUUCUGAAUGGAGUGGUAUUGGCUUUUACAGUGUCCUAUUGGAUUGAGUGCAUUUUAAGGUUGACCUAUGAGUACAUGCACGGUAUGCCAUUUUCCUGGAUUUAUCGAAUAUCGGAGAUUGUCUUUAUCUUUAUCUUCAACUGUUUAUUUAUCAUUUUCGAAAUUAUGCUGGAAUUAAAGUUCUCCUUUGUGACGUACUUUAGCGGUUCACAGAUGAUUAAUCACUUCUUUGGAGCAUUUGCGGGACGUAUUGUCAUGUGCUUUGGUGUCUUAUAUUUUUACUAUCGUGUGAUCACGCUGUUCUUCCCGAUCAGUCGAACACUGGGACCGAUGCUAUAUCGCCUCCAGCGAAUGUUAGCCGAAGAUUUUGUCAUCUUCCUGAAGCUGCUGUUCCCAUUCUUUGUGGCCAAUCUCAUUGUUUUACAAACUACAAUUUAUCCAGAUUGGCCCAUGACCGGGGAUACGUGGAGAAAGGGAUUCCAUCGGGCUUUCUUCGGUAUUUUCAUUGCGCCAAUGCAGGCUGAAUUGGAAAGCACAAAUAAGUGCGAGGCAACGGCUAUUUACCAACAAAACGGCACCGUCCUGCCACAUGAUCACUGCAUGGCUGGGCAAUACAGCGACAUUACAUGUCCCACGGUGACAUUGUUCAGCUAUGGUUUCACCAUUCAGUUUAUGAUUGUGCUGCGAUUAGUACUUUUGGUCAUUCUCACAGCCAUGUUCAACAACACCCUAACAGCAAUCAAGGCAGAAGCCGAUGCAAUAUGGAAGUAUCAGCGCUACCUGUUGAUCAUGCAGUUUGCAUCGCGACCGACUCUUCCACCGCCUUUUGCCAUGUUUGGCUACAUGUACAGGCUGGUCAAGAGUAUAUUGCAUCGAAAACGUAAUACACCAUUCGAAGGUGACGAUUACGGGGCUAAUACAUUUAUGUACGAUCAGUCGGAGUAUUAUAACUACUGGACGAAUCUUACCAAGGACUAUUUCAUUGCGGCAAGUCAGUAUGGUAAAGAACAAGAAAUGUCCAGAAGGCACAUGGAAAAUUUUAGCAGCUUUGGUGCCAGUUUGCAUGCACAGCGUCGACUCUUGGAUCAGCUGCGAGAUAAAAUGGGAGAUGUUGGCAAAAUGGCUACAACAGCGGCUUUUGAAGCCCAAUCGGUUCGCCACAAGGUCAAGUCCAUGAAUAUAAUGGAUCCGUUUUCCAGCAGUGAUCAAGUGCACAUCCUUAGCCGGCAAUCGCCUUAUCCGGAAACGACUUUGUUUCGUUUUACCCUACUGGACAGCUAUUGUUCUUGGCAGACAGAAUUGAGCAUAUAUGACCCAAAAGAGUAUACAAAACCACUGGAAAUGUACCCCGAAACCUUGAGAUAUGAUGUUGACACCGCCAAACCAAACCCCAUUCUGACCAGUUACAAGUGGAACACCAUCGACAUAAGCGCAAAGGAGCCAAAUGACCGACGAUCGUGGAUUAAAACCAGUGAAGGCGCACCAAUAACAUAUACCGUAGCGUUAAAUGGGUUUCCCUUAAAUCCGUUGGGCCGAACCGGUAUGACUGGUCGCGGAAUUCUCCAUAAGUAUGGACCUAACCACUGCAUUUAUUUGGUGCUGGUCAGCAGCAGCGAUGAUGGUGAAUUGGUUACUGCAACGGAAAUUCACCGCCACGGAAUGUCCACUAUCCCACAGACGUUCAUACGAAUUGGAGAAUCAGAAGCCGAAGGCGUAACCCGAUUGCUUGCUGCCCUUACGUCGCAACUUCAUGACGACGUGUCUCAGGAGGCAAUAGGAAUACGGGAUAGUGCGGGCCAUGCCGUCAGCGCCAAGGAACUGUAUCGUGGAUACAUCGACGAUAACCGCAACACUGACAAUGCAUGGGUGGAAGGUGUGGUGUGGCUGCUGCGGACUUCGCUUGUGACCCUCGAUGGCUCAGUGAAAUACCGUUGGAUGGCUGUGCGCAACAUCAACAACACCACAGCUUUUGAUUUCGUGGUAUACCAGCGAAUUUUGUGGAAAGAUUUGGACUAGUAUAUCUGCUGGACAAUGUACCGCUUUGUAUCUCGAAUAGAAUUUUGUCACAAUUGUUUUAUUGACAUAAAAUGUAUACAUAUGUGUUACGUAGUUUCUUUCAUCUUACACCUUCACAAUUUUCUCGUUUUUUUAUCAACAUCGCAGUAUCCCGU